AUGUUGCAAGUUGCAUCGCUGGCAGGGUUUUGUUGCUCAAGUUGCUUUGUGGUUUCACCUGUUGGCAGCAUGAUUGCUGAAGGGGUCAUGUCGGCCUUUAUGACCGGCAAACGGCCUUUGGACGAGGCUGAAGAACCUGCAGCUGCUUACAAGGCACCGAAGAAGCUAGCCCCGAGAAGCAUCAGGUUCACUAUGAUGCAGGAGGAGGCAUCAGGUGAGUCGAGUCCGGAGCCACUGUCUCCGAGCCCUGAAAAGUUAUCGGCGGUGAACGACGAUUUGUUCCAGGGCAGCAAGGUGAAGGAGUCCAAGUCCGACUUGUUAGAGGGUGAGGUGAAGAGCGAUUGGUUCCAGGGCGGCGAGGUGACAGACUUGUUCGAGUGUCUGGACAAAGCCCUUGGGAGUGACCUCCCACUGUGCAUUGAAGAUGGCCCAGUGCAGCAGCUUUACAGUGGGCCAGUUGUCAUGGGAGCCAAGGUCGCCUCCCCACAGGGUUCUUUGCAAGCAGCCUCACCCCACCAGGGUUCUUCGGCUGCACCCGCACCUUUGGCUGCACCCGCACCUUUGGCUUUGCAAGCAGCCUCACCCGACCAGGGUUCUUCGGCUGCACCCGCACCUUUGGCUGCACCCGCACCUUUGGCUUUGCAAGCAGCCUCACCCGACCAGGGUUCUUCGGCAGCAGCCUCACCCCAGCAGGGUUCUUCGGCAGCAGCCACACCUUCGGCUGCAACCGUUUCAGCUGUGGCAGUCUUGAAGGAGUUUCUGUCGGUUCCAGAGUCCGUGCAGAACUUCCACCAGAAGACACUUUGCAAGAUUCAGCCACUUUUUUUCUGGGUUUAA